AAUUUCUAUUCGAGUACUUUCUCUUUUAAAUACGGGAUAAUUAGAUACAAAUGUUUAUGUAAGCUUGACAAUUUAUAAGUAUGUGCUCUUUUGAACCAUUCAUCCGUAGUUCGUUGAAGAAGUACAAAUUUCCCGAGGAAGCUAAAUGCGAUGUUCUCAAAGCAGUCAGCAUAUUUGCAGAUUUGAGACCAAAGUAUGAAGACUUUGUGUUUAAUAAUGGCCGACAGAGAAAACUUUUACACUUGGAGGGUACUGUUCCUGUCGAUUAUAAAGGCAUUCCGAUUCGCAAUAAUGGAAAUGUGUACAACAUCCCAAUCUGUAUCUAUUUAAUGGACACACACCCCUACAAUCCGCCGAUUGUAUUUGUAAAACCAACAUCCACCAUGCAGAUCAAGUCUGGAAGAAAUGUAGACCAGAAUGGGAAAAUUGACUUGCCAUAUCUCCGCGAAUGGAAAUAUCCCGAUUAUGACCUGCUGGGAAUGCUACAAGCACUUUGUAUAGUAUUUGCCGCUGAGCCACCCGUGUAUUCCAGAAGUGGACGGACCAGCCAAGAGUCACAGGAAAGCCUCAUUCAAGAAACACCGCAUCAUAACGGAAAUGACCAAUCAUUAGGAAAGUCAGACAGUUCCACCACCGAUAAAGAGGAUGAAUUACGGAGACUUCAGGAUUUACUGACGUGCAGGAUAUGCAAGACGCGCCGAGUGGGCGUGACCUUCCUGUCAUGUGGUCACUGUGUCACGUGCGUAGAGUGCGGUACAAGCCUGCAGGACUGCCCGCUGUGUCCGACGGGAGCCAAUCACGUGCGAGGGAUGAUAAUAACGUUGUUUUCUUAGGCAGCGGCGUACAUUAACUUCAUCAUUUUAAAGGGGCCUUUUCACAGAUUUUGGCAUUUUUUAACUUAUUCAUUAAAUGCUUUAUAUUGAUAAAUGUAAACAUUGGAUCGUAAAAGCUCCAGUAAAAAAUCAAGAAUAAAAUUAAAAAAAGGAAAAGAACAUUGCCCGGAGCAGGUUUCGAACCAGUGACCCCUGGAGUCCUACCAGAGUCCUAAGUAAAAACGCUUUAGCCUACUGAGCUAUUCCGCCGAGUACACAUAUUUGAUGUAUUUUAUACCUUAUAUAAGCAAUCUUCGUAGUUUCACAAAAUUUAACGACAAAAACAGAACUCUCCAAAUUAUUCAAUCGUUUCGCGUUGCAACGCUUUAUAAUUUUUAGGUUUUAAAAUCGUCAAAAGAUGCAUAUAAUGGCUAUAUUAGACCAUGGUAAAUGUUCAGUAUUACUGUUUCCUCACAAAUAUCAUAACUAAAACGAAAAUGAGCGAAUCUGAAACAACUUUUUUCAACUUUGUCAAUUUACCAAAGCGUGAAAAGAUCCCUUUAAGGGGUUGAAAAAAAUCACCGUUGAUGAUCAUCGCGGAUUUGAUUUUAUAUUCACGCAAGCAUUCUCAAACAUAAUAACAAUUUUGUUUGAUGACUUCACGAGCGUUGAGUUUAACGAUUCAGUCCAUUAAAAAUAGACUAGUCGUAAUCCGGAUCUUCGCUCGACAAUAGAAGUUGAGAGUAAAUGUGUAGAUGGGAAAUCUGAUACUGGUAUUUGUCAAAGUUGACUUAACUUGAGAUAAAUAUGAAACAUGAUUAAUGCGCAGAACAAUUUUUUUUUUCAUUUAUGGUACAUUUUAUUCAGUAUUUAUAUCAUUAUUAUUAUUAUUAUUAUUAAAACAUUGAGCGAAUUAAUCAGAUGACUAGUAUGUGUGAGGAUUAAAACAAACAAGGGCAUUAAUUUCAUUUUUUUAAAUUAUUCAUUUCUGUUUUUGUUUUUUCAAUUAAUAUUUUUAAAUGGAAUGUGUUUUAUCGUGUUUUUGUAAUGCUUCCAUAUGCUAUCCUGUCCAAAUGCCCUCGAAAACUUAAAGGAACGUUAAAACAACGUAAUAAUUGUUCUGUUUUAUCGAUCACAAACGGCAUAUCAAAAACAAAUUCUUAUGUCACUGCGUAUUAAAACCAUUAACGGAUAUUUAUUCAAGAUUUUAUCAUGGUAAAAGAAGUUAGGUGAACUCAUGAAAUAAAUACAUGCUUGCAUUACAAUUAUUACAAUUAAUACAUGAUAUACUACUUUG